CCUCCGGAGAGCCGCGAUGCGCGGGAGGUAACUGUGUGCGACGAGGAUGCCGUCAGCGUGAGUUCAGUCGUCGCGGGACGCCCACCAGGGCCCGGGAUACGAGCGUCCACGCUGGCUCGACACCGCAACGACGUCGUGGUGGGCGCCACCCGGCUGGAGCCGGGGCCGGCGCACCACGAAGUGCUCCCCGACAUCUUGAACGCGCACCUGCCGCCGCCGUACGCUACACUGGCUCCUCCACCUUCAUCGUCGGCCAGGCGACACCUACCACCGCCUCCGAGGCUUAGGCCGCCGCGCUGCGUUGUGGAUACCGAAGUGGCGGAGCCCAAGCAUUGCUGUGGCGUCCUGGUCACCCAGACCGUUAGCAUCCGGUGGUUCAUUGUGAUGAUCGCGUUCGUCGGUCUGUGCUGUGCUAUCGUGGGCACCGUGCUUGGUGCGCUCAAGGCGACCGGACGGGAACACCUCACCGUCUCCUUGCUCAUGAUCGGUGUCGGCAUCGUCCUGAUCACGGUGAGCGGCAUCGCGUGGCGGUUGACGGCCCACGAGGCCCCGUCGUGCCGCGCUAUGCUCGGACUGCGCGGCGACGAACCGGGAGGUCGCCGCUUCGUGCCCCGGGUUCCCCCGUACGGAGGGAGGCCAGGGGGACACCCGUACGCAGCGAUGCUGUACCCGGAGUUCCAGUACCGGCCACCUCCACCGUCGUACCAGGCCUCGAUGCAGGAGUACCGGCUGCGGCUUCUGCUCUUGGACCGCCAAGGCCCCACCCUGCCCACACCGGUGGCCCUGGCUGCCCACCACCACCACCACCACCACGCGGUGCCCGUGGUGCCGCCCGCGGUGCCGCCCCCUUCGGCGGUCACGACGCAACCGGCGCCCCCCAUGCUGUCGCCGGUGUCGCCGCCGCCUACCUACCGGUCCGGCAUGCACGCCAGGUGA